CGUGUCUAGCACAGCUCAUUACUGCAGCCAACUGAUUCUAUAUAUUUAAGAGAGUGUAAACUCAUUUCAUGUGAGCUUUUUAAUUAAGUGGAUAGAAAGCGGUCUAGUCACACUGGAACCGGGUUGAUUUUGGGGGCUAGGAAAGCCUGUUGUCCAGUUAAGGAAGCGUGGGCAGUUAAUAUGUACUUCACCACCAAAGUUGCAUCGUACAUUGCCCCAAGAGCAAUGAUUGGUUAGGAUCUUACCCAGGCAAGCAUUUAAAUUUCAGAAGGUUCAAAGGUGACAGGGAAACCUUCCAUCAGACCUGUCGCAGUGAUUUCAGAUCUCAAAAGUAGUGCCUUUCUUGGAAGUCAAGCCUUUUUCCAAGGUCAGGCUGUGCCUAUCACUGAGGAUGAAGAAAACAAUUGUGUUUCUUUGCAUUGUUGUAACAGCCUGGGCAUUCCCGCUCCUUCAAUAUGAACAAAGGAAUGUUAUGAGCAUUGGGGAUAAUACGGAUACAUCAAAUGCUGUUCAUAACGACAACGGUGGAGAGGACUCAGUUGUUUUACUCAACAAUUUAGGAUAUACUAGUGGAAAUAUUAAUUGUGUACAUGGAAGGAGUAUUGGCCCUGGCCAUGAAGAAUGCGAAACAGAAGAAUCUACUCCAAAUGCAGAUAGAGUUAAUGGAACUGCUGAUUUUGUUAAUGUCAGUGAAAAUGAAAAUGGAAGACCUGAAGAUAACCUGAGAAUAAAUGAAAACAGAGAACAUAUGCCUGCAGAGGAAAACGCUACUGAAAGACAAGAAGUUACUUUAGAAGGUGAAUAUUUCAGUGAUUCCGGUUAUGGAACUGGGGAAGAGAAUAUUGAUUAUAGAAUACCAGGAGAACUUUCUGAGAGUGAUCCAAACGAUAAGCAGCAUGGCAUAGAAGAUGAAAUUUAUGAUCAAACUGGAGAAGAGUUCAGAGACAGUAGAGGACUCCAGGGCAAUCACGUUCAAAGCUUUAUUGAGUUGGAUGGACAUAGAUAUGCAAUGUAUGGCCCUGGAGAUAACACAGCAAAUAUACUGAUGGGAAGUGAGGUCCAUGGGGAAAGUAUACACUGGGCAUACAUUGAUGAGGGUGGAAGUGGUAAUGGUGGAGAUCCCAAUGAAGAAGGUUCUAGUGAUGGUUGGGGAGAUGGAACCCCAGAAAGUACAACAAACCUUGGAGAAAAUGCGACGGAAACCCAUAGUGAUAGGAACAACAUUCAGGCUUGUGUUAAUGGUACAAAAAUAACCAAUCCAAACAAUGAAGGAGAGGGUGAUGCAGGCCCUGUGGAUGAUUCUCUCAAUACUGAAGAAGGUUUUCAAGGUCGUGGUGAUGUAAGCCCCGAAACUGAGCAUGUGACCUGCCUUGAAAAGAAAAGAAAUGAUGGUCUGGACUCAAAUGGCAAUACUAAGGAUACAGAGAAUAACACUGCAGUUGUAAAUAAUAGCACUACAAGUGAUGGUAACAUGCAUGAUAAGGGUAUGAAUAUACCCAGCGAUGCAGCUCCCCAUCAUGAUGCCACCUGGACUCUACAGAGAAAUGAUGGGGAAGGCAACAGUGGUCAUGAGGACACCAGUGAAAGUGAGAGCAACAGUUUGUACAGCUUCAGUGAUGAAUCGAUGCAAGGGGACGAACCCAACCAAAGCCAAGAUUCUGAAGGCUCAGAAAACAGCAGUCAGCAAGAUCUCCCCAGUCAGGCCAGUGAUGGGGAAAACACAUCUUUAGGAGAGGAAGAGGAGCAAAGCAGUAAUGCUGGCAGUGAGCAGUCAGACAGCGAGAGUGAAGACAGUGAAAGCCAACAGGAAAGCAAUGAAAGUAGCAGUCAGCCAGGCAGUGAUGACAGUGAGAAUGGUGGCCCAUCUAUCAGCAGCGAAAGUGAGAGUCAACCAGACAGCAGCCAGAGCCAGUCUGAGACCAGCAGUGAGAAUGAGAGUGAAUCCAAGAGCAGCAAUGAAAGCGACAAUAAAUCUGAAAGCAGCAGUGACAGCAACAAUGAAUCCAAGAGCAGCAGUGAGAGUGAAAGUGAAUCCAAGAGCAGCAGUGAGAGUGAAUCCAAGAGCAGCAGUGAGAGUGAAUCCAAGAACAGCAGUGAGAGCGACAGUGAAUCCAAGAGCAGCAGUGAGAGUAAAUCCAAGAGCAGCAGUGAGAGUGAAUCCAAGAGCAGCAGUGAAAGUGAGAGUGAAUCCAAGAGCAGCAGUGAGAGUGAAUCCAAGAGCAGCAGUGAGAGUGACAGUGAAUCCAAGAGCAGCAAUGAGAGCAACAGUGAAUCCAAGAGCAGCAGUGAAAGUGAAAGCAGCAGUGAAAGCGACAGUGAAUCCAAGAGCAGCAGUGAGAGUGACAAUGAGUCCAACAGGAGCAGUGAAAGCGACAGUGAAUCCAAGAGCAGCAGUGAAAGCGAAAACAGCAGUGAAAGUGACAGUGAAUCAGAGAGCAGCAGUGAGAGUAACAAUGAGUCUGACAGCAGCAGUGAAAGUGACAGUGAAUCUGACAGCAGCAGUGAAAGCGACAGUGAAUCCGACAGUAGCAGUAAAAGCGACAGUGAAUCUGACAGCAGCAGUGAGAGUGAUAGCAGUAGCAGCAAUGAGAGCAACAGUAAAUCCAAAAGCAGCAGUGAGAGUGAUAGCAGUAGCAGCAGUGAGAGCGACAGUAAAUCCAAAAGCAGCAGUGAAAGUGAUAGCAGUAGCAGCAGUGAGAGCGACAGUAAAUCCAAAAGCAGCAGUGAAAGUGAUAGCAGUAGCAGCAGUGAGAGCGACAGUAAAUCCAAAAGCAGCAGUGAGAGUGAUAGCAGUAGCAGCAGUGAGAGCGACAGUAAAUCCAAAAGCAGCAGUGAGAGUGACAGUGAUAGCAGUAGCAGCAGUGAGAGUGACAGUGAUAGCAGUAGCAGCAGUGAGAGCGACAGUAAAUCCAAAAGCAGCAGUGAAAGUGAUAGCAGUAGCAGCAGUGAGAGCGACAGUAAAUCCAAAAGCAGCAGUGAAAGUGAUAGCAGUAGCAGCAGUGAGAGCGACAGUAAAUCCAAAAGCAGCAGUGAGAGUGAUAGCAGUAGCAGCAGUGAGAGCGACAGUAAAUCCAAAAGCAGCAGUGAGAGUGACAGUGAUAGCAGUAGCAGCAGUGAGAGUGACAGUGAUAGCAGUAGCAGCAGUGAGAGCGACAGUAAAUCCAAAAGCAGCAGUGAAAGUGAUAGCAGUAGCAGCAGUGAGAGUGACAGUGAUAGCAGUAGCAGUAGUGAGAGUGAAAGUAGCAACAGUGAGAGUAGCAGUAGUGAGAGUGAAAGUAGCAGCAGUGAGAGUGACAGCAAAUCUGAUAGCAGCAGCAGUGAGAGUGAUGCUGAGAGUAGCAGUGAGAAGGAAGAUAACAAUCAAGAAGGCAGCAAUGAAAAUGACAGCCAAUCCAACAGUGACAAUGAAAGUGAUUCAGCAAAUCAGUCCAGCAGUGACAGUGCUGCAGAUACAGCGGAGGAUUCAAAUGAAACUGAAUCUGAAGCAAGUGAAGAUAACAACCGCAGCAGUCAUUCAGACAGUGCAGCCUCCAACAGUGAAUCUCUAAGUCAAGGAAGUGAGAGCAGCGAUUUAACUAGCGAUUACUAACCAAAGAGAAGAAUGAGCAGAUGAAAAUACAUUCACAGCAAUAGCAGUAGGGAUGGCAGAGAUGGCAGAGGGGGGAAAAUACAAAGCCUAUUUGUAGAAGUCAAGUCAAUAGUCCUAAACGCAGUUAUCUUGAAGCUUUUCUAAAGAUCAGUCAGACUUCAGAAUAAAUGCAGUUAAGGCAAAUUAGCGGGCCAUUAAGAGAAAAUCAUGUCAGGUUUUGGUAGACAUGAGCCAACAAUGCUCAGAGCUUUUGUUUCUAAGUAGAGCCAUUGUGCUUGCGAUGAAUAUGUAGCUUCACCUGUGGAAUUUUGAUUGUUAGUAACUAGGAAAUAAAAUUAAAACUCAGGUUCAGUUCUUCUUAUUACAUAUCUGCUCUUAAAAGGGUGGGCUUGAUUUACAUAAGCAUACUUAUUAUUUGAUUGCAACAUGAAGUGAUGACUUGCGAGCGUGAAUGAGUCUUUACUGAUCUAUCUCCACAUUGAACAACCCAGUGUGGAUCUGAUUUAUUUGUUUGUUUAGUAUUACAGUUCCAACAUCACAUGUUUAACUCUACAUAUUCCCCCUGUGUAAACUGUAAAAUAAAUUAUUAUUUUUCAUGAUG